AGGGAGGGACCCUGCGCCCCGGAUCCUGCGCCCCGGGGGGGACCGUGCGCCCCGGAUCCUGCGCCCCAGGGUGGGACCGUGCGCCCCGGAUCCUGCGCCCCAGGGGGGACCGUGCGCCCCGGAUCCUACAUCCCCGGGGGGGGACCGUGCGCCCCGGAUCCUGCGCCCCGGGGGGGACCGUGCGCCCGUGAAGGCGACCGAAGGUGACCAUGUCAUCGAUGGACCCCCUGCCCCCCGCCCUGCCCCCCACCCAGAAGCCCACCCGCAUCAUCAAGCCACGGCCCCCCUCCCGGUCGCGGCCCUGCCUGGCCCCCCAGCAGGACCUGGGGCUGCCGAGCCCGGAGGCCGCCCCCCUGCCGGCCCCCUGCCUGGAUGCGCCCCCCGGCAGGGCGCAGCGCCCGGGCAACGUCCGCAAGAUCGUGGGGCGCUUUGAGCACCGGGCGGGUGGGGGCCGGGCCCCCAGCCCCCCGCUGGAGAAUGGGGCCCGGCCCCCCCCGGGGACGGAGCUCGGUCGGUGCCCGGACGCCGGGGGGGAGCCCCCCAUCCCGGAGCCCCCGGGCGCCUGCCCCCCACGCUGCCCCUGCGGCUGCCAUCGGCACCGGCCCGGCAUGGUGCUGGCCUGGGUGCCGGCCCCCGAGGGGGAGGAGCCAGGCUCGGACGGCUCCGCCUCCACCGACGAGGAGGGCCCCCUCUUCCGGCGCCUCCUGGAGGUCACCCCCGCCCCCCAGUCCCGCUGGUCCCCCCUCAAGGCCCCCGCCCCGCCCCCCGAGGACGGCAGCGUGGUUCUGACCAGCUACCGCCCCACGGCCCAGCUCAACGGGGGCCCGGCGCUGGCCAAGCCCCCCCGGCGGGCCAAGGGGGGGGCGCCCGAGGCGGCCCGGCCCCCCCCGGCCGUGCCCCCCAAGACCCCGGCGAAGCCCCUGCGCGGGACACAGGGCACAGGGCUCGGCUCCUGGCAGCCAGAGCGGGGGGACAGCUGCCCCCCAUCCUCUGCCCCCUCCCAAGCCCCUCCAGUCCCUGCCAAACCGUGCCCCCCACCCCCGCCUGCCCAGCCCCCCCACAAACCCCCAAUCGCUGCCAAACCGCCGCCCGCCUCCCAGCCUCCCCCGCCCCCGCAGAAGGAGCACGCCCCGGCGCCGGGGGACGAACCCCGCCAAGGAGACUCGGAUGGCCACAGUCCGGAGCCAGAGCCGCCGAGGGACAGGUGCUGCCCAUCCCCGAAGGGCCCCGGCUGGGGGCUGCCCCUGCAGGACGAGCCCCUGUACCAGACCUACCGGCAGGCCGUCAUCCGCAAGGAGAUCCAGCGCCAGACCCUGCCCCAUAGCGCCAGCCCGAGCAGCUGGGACGACGCCCCGGCGCCCCCCCCGGCGCCCCCCCCGGGCCCCCCCGGCGCCCCCCGCAGCACCCUCUGGCAGGACCUGCCGGCCGUGCGGGAGAGCGGCCUCCUCCGGCACAUCAGCCCCCAGGAGCGCAAGAUGCAGGAGAGCCUGUUCGAGGUGCUGACGUCGGAGGCCUCCUACCAGCGCUCGCUGCGGCUGCUGGCCGAGCACUUCGUGGGCUCGCGGGAGCUGGGCGAGACCCUGGCGCCCCGGGAGCGCCAGGCCCUGUUCUCCAGCGUCCUGCGGGUCAAGGAGAUCAGCGCCAGGUUCCUGGCGGCGCUGGAGGGACGCGUGGCCGAGAGCCUGCAGAUCCGCGACGUGAGCGACGUGGUGGCCGCCCACGCCCGGCGCGACUUCCCCGCCUACGUGGACUACGUCCGCAACCAGCCCUACCAGGAGAAGGAGUACAGCGCCCUCAUGGAGCGAAACGGGCCCUUCGGGGCGGCGCUGGGCCGGCUGCAGGAGCACCCCCUGUGCCAAGGCCUCCCCCUCCUCUCCUUCCUGCUGCUGCCCUUCCAGCGCAUCACCCGCCUCAAGAUGCUCCUGGAGAACAUCCUGCACCGGGCGGAGGAGGGAUCGGAGCGGGAGCGAAACGCGCUGGACGCACUGGCCUGCGUCUCCCAGAUCAUUGAGGAGUGCAACUCGGAGGUGGGGCGCAUGCGGCAGACGGAGGAGCUCAUCGAGAUCGCCGGGCGCAUCGACUUCGACCAGCUCAAGGCGGUGCCCAUCGUCUCGCAGAGCCGGCGGCUGGAGAAGCAGGGGGGCCUGGCCGAGGUGCUGCCCCGGGGGUCCCUGUUCGGCACCAAGCCCCGGACGGUGCCCAUCUACCUCUUCCUCUUCAGCGACCUGCUGCUGCUCACCCGCCGCAAGAGCACGGGGCGCUUCGUGGUGCGGGAUUACGGGCACCGCUCGCUGGUCUCGGUGCAGGGGGUGGGGCAGCCCCCCCCAGCGCCCGGCCUGGGCCAGGCCUUUUACCUCACCCUGCUGGAGAACCACCGGGGCCAAGCCUGCGAGCGUCUCUGCCGGGCCCCCAGCCAGUCGGACAUGCACCGAUGGAUGGAGGCCUUCCCCCAGCACGGCGCCCCCCCCAGCCUGCCCCAGGAGAUCAUCUACGAGGACUGGGACUGCCCCCAGGUGCAGUGCGUGGAGCCCUACGUGGCCAGGCAGGCCGAUGAGCUGAGCCUGGAGCCGGCCGACGUGGUCAACGUGCUGCGGAAAACGAGCGAGGGCUGGUGCCAGGGCCAACGACUGGCCGACGGGCGCAAGGGCUGGUUCCCGGCCAGCCACGUGCAAGAGAUCACCAACGAGCACGUCCGCCGGCGUAACCUGCGUGAGAGACACCGGCUCCUCCAGGCCGCCCGCCAGCUGCAGGUCAGCCGCCUCGCCGCCGCCAAGGCCGGCUCCACCUGAGCCGGGCCGGGCCCCGCGCCCUGAUCCAC